CCCAAUGGCAACCACAAACUCCAGCAGUGUCCUGUCCUCCACAUUCUAUCUCACAGGUAUCCCUGGAUAUGAGGAAUUUCACCACUGGAUUUCCAUCCCAUUCUGCUUCCUCUACAUUACUGGGGUAACAGGCAACUGCAUGAUCCUGCACAUUGUACGCACAGACCCCAGGCUCCAUGAGCCCAUGUAUUACUUCCUGGCUAUGCUUUCUCUCAAUGACAUGGCCAUGUCUUUGCCCACAAUAGUAUCUCUUUUCAGGGUGUUGUGGGCCAUUUCCAGAGAGAUCCAGUUCAAUCUUUGUGUCGUCCAGAUGUUUCUGAUUCACACGUUUUCCUUCACUGAAUCAUCUGUGCUCUUGGCAAUGGCCCUUGACAGGUAUGUGGCUAUCUGCCACCCACUGCGAUAUGCUACCAUUCUUACCCCAAGACUUAUUGCCAAGAUCGGAAUUGCAGCUCUGCUCAGGAGUUCUAUUUUGAUAAUUCCACUUAUGGCACGUCUGGCGUUCUUUCCCUUCUGCCGCUCCCACGUCCUUUCUCACUCCUACUGUCUGCACCAGGACAUCAUCCGCCUUGCCUGUGCUGACACCAGAUUCAAUGUCAUAUAUGGGUUAGUCCUGAUAACUAUGCUAUGGGGCAUGGACUUUCUGGGCAUUUUUGUAUCUUAUGUUUUUAUCCUUCACUCGGUGCUAAGAAUUGCAUCCCAUGAGGGGAGGCUUAAGGCACUUAACACAUGUGCAUCCCACAUCUGUGCUGUACUCAUUCUAUAUGUGCCUAUGAUCGGGUUAUCUCUUGUCCAUCGUUUUGCCAAACAUUCCUCUCCACUCAUCCACAUCUUCAUGGCUCACAUCUAUUUAAUGGUUCCACCAGUGCUCAAUCCAAUCAUCUACAGUGUAAAAACCAAGCAGAUACGCCAAGGAGUCCUGUAUCUCCUCUGUCGCCCCAAAAUUAUCCAUUCAAUCACAGUGUAGGCAAGCCAUCAAGACAAUGAGGG